UUUUGGCCAGCCAUGUUGGCUUCGCUGCUUUUUGCUCUCUUGUUAUUGACCCGAAUGGAGGUUGGUGCUAAGUUCAAGAGUCUUCACUGUACGGCGCUUGACCAGGAUUACGGUGAUAUUUUGAUUUGCAAACUUAAGGCAAUCAGUCGGCUUAGGAACUCAGUCACUGUACAGUACAAGCUGAAGCAGUCCAUUAGUAAAUUAUUCGUUCGCUUAGAGUUCUUUAAAAGAGCUAAUGGUUGGCGACCCUUUCUCUAUAAUUUUACCGCAAACCUGUGCGAUUUUCUUGAUCGUAAAAAUAACGUGAUACUGAGUAUUGCAUAUGCAUACAUAAGGCCUUACCUUGCCAUGGACUACUCUUGUCCCCUCAAGGAAAACGAACUAUUAACGUGUGACAACUUCGAAUUGGAUAUUAAUGAUAUACGCCAUCGCUUUCCGAUUGAGACAGGUGAAUACGCUCUGCAGUUGACCUUUAUCGUAAAGAAUAAAGCCGCCUUAACCAUAAAUGGAUCCAUCGAGUACCAAAAUUACAGAGAACACUGAGUAACCGAACUUCAGAUUAUUCAGCUUACACCAGCCUAAUUCAUCUUCAAUCAGCGAUUGGGUUAAUAUUGUAACUAUUUUGAGAAGCGAUAGAACUAUUACCAUAACUACAAGAAAUGUAAACGUGUAAUUAAGAACUAUUUAAAUUAUUGUCCAAUGGCCUGAAAAUUGCUGAUAGCCCAUCAAUCAGAAUGCACUGUUUACAAAAGCUUCGAGUAGUUAAAUAAAUGUAAGUAGUGGAUUACAAAACGUUGGCAUCACAUUUUUAAGCAAUAAAUACUUAAAACUUAAAGAAGUUCGCCACCUUCUUAAAAAAUCGAGUAAUAUAUCCAUUAGCUUGUGAGACUUUCUUCGUUACGGCAGCAACCUCGCUAAUCGUAGAGUAAAAGGAUGCACAACAAGAAAACAUUACCGACCCUAAAGAGACCCUAUUCUUGAUCAGGAUCACAAGCGUAGUCAACAUUGUCUGUCCGUCUGUUUGUCUGUUUAUCCAUUUUCCUAUGAUAUCGGGAACCAUUAAGGCUAGAAAUUAAGAUUAAGAUUAGGCAUGGAAAUUAUAGAGACGAAGACGCAAGUUUGUUUUAGAAGAUUGCCACGCCCUCACUUUUGGAAAAUGUGUUUAUCCUUCUUUUAUUUUAAUAUUAUGUGUAAUAUAAAUAUUUUUUAUUAGGUGUAUUAAACUGUGACUGCUCUAUUAAAAACGUGAGGUCAGGGACUGUAACUAAACUGCAGUCUCGCUUGAAUAAGCAUCCGGAAAACAAGGAAAACGAUUUUGGGAAAAUAAUGUGUGAUUAGAGUUCUAAAUGAAAUGCGGCACAAAUGGGCAAAGCAAAUCAGGGCAUUGCAAACACGGACUAAAACUGGGCAAAAGAGCAAUGAAACAAGAGGCAGGCAAGAGACUUUGACACAAUAAUCAAACCAGGUGUCCUCUGUGUGUGUCCGCAAAGAAAAAACAAGUUAAAAGCAAGGGCGUAUGGUGGGCGUGGCAGCGUCAAAUUAGGCCCAGUGUUAUCUAAUUAGCCACCUACAGGACGACACCUUUCUGAAACCCAUCGGUUCGCCCCCUCUUCUUUUUGUUUUCCGCCCUGUGUGAAGUGGUGCCAGGCGCCGGCCAUCAUAUUUUGCAAUUUAACUCACACGAAAAGAUUGUUGUCGGCCCUAUUCUUUCUUUUUCGGCCAAUUUUUUUCACUCAUUUCUGGCACUCACUGCCAUAUCUUUCCCUUUUUUUGGACGCGCUCAAGUUUCAUAACAACGGAAAUGCAAAAGUUUUGUGCAAAACAAAGCGCCAACUUUUUUAUUUCUCUUGGCAAUUAUGUGCUCAAGGAAAGAGACAGAGAAACGGACUCAAAUAAUGAUAAUGAAGCACACAAGGCUCGUCCAAAAGGAUUUUUGAAGAAAAAUGCACAAAAAGUGGAAAACGAAUUGUAACGCUUUUUUUGAUUUUUUAGAACUCCUCUUUUCAACUUGACUUGCAUGCGAAAGUAUCUCACGGAUCCACAUGUGUGUGGGGGUAAUUUGUUUAAUUUGCUUGCCUUUCGGGCGAAAAAAAAGUGAUAGAAGACCUCAACGAAAGGCAAAUUUCGUGGCUUUAUUUCAGUUUUCUUUUUCCUUUUUUUAUUUUUUUUUUUUUUGAAGGUUGGCCGCCUUUUAGCUAAUGGCCAUGGCGAAUAUGAUAGGAUAACAGGAGGAACAACAACUGGUGCCGAAAAACUAAAGCCAAACUAAAUUAAAAUAUUUUAAAUUCAGAGCCGGCACAAGUUUUAUCAAUAAAAUGCAAGCGGGCAAAGUCGUCUGUUCACUGUUUUUUUGGCCGCUUUGCUUUUGCAUUUGUUUAACUGCAAAUCAGAUAGAGAUCUUCUAAAUGUCUGCAUUCAACACGGAUACAUGCACAUAUACGUACACACAGUCGAACGGCAAUUGAAACAUCAGCAAUACUUGAGCUUUGCAAUAUGUCGACAGCUCAACAGCCCGACACCCCCACAGUACGGGAUGUUGCCUUCGGCCAUAACUCGAAUCAGGCUUAAAAAUCACUUAGACACUUCGCCCAUCGUUUUGGCCCGUCAGCAGAAUCGCCGGCCAAGACGACACUCGUGUAUCGAGUGCAAUAAUCAUCACUGCUCCCCCACGAAUAUUUCGAAUGCCCUUUUUUCUGUGGACCUCAGCACAUUGCCUUUGCCCGUUUCCCAUUGCCAUUGCUUUUGAGUUGUCGACUUGCCUAAUCUGCUUUCUUCGAUCUCCAAGGAGUUUACUGGAUAUUUAUUAAGCUCUGCCGAAAUGCAUGGGCAUGGUGCUCAGGGUAGUUGGACCAGUUGAAAUGGCUAAAAUGCUCCUCGGAGAAGAUUUUUAAAUACAGCUUCCAGUUCAUAAGCUUUCAUCUGGGACAUUUCUGCUUAGUCAGAAAUAAUAAAGUUUAAAGAUAGGAUUUUUUCUACGUCAAUCAUAUUUCAAUCAAAAAGUAAAAGGCAACCUGCCAUAAAUCAUUUAAAUAUAUCGAAUUAGGCUUUUUAGCAAGUAUACAUUUCGAAAGACAGCGAAAUAAUUUUCCAAGUUGCGUUGCAACUUUCAAUUGGCUCAAAUUGGAAUCAUUGAAAGUCUUGAAAACUUUACGCCAAAAGAAUGGAUUUGUUUUCAUUUUUUUCUGUUGUGUUCCUUAAGAAAUCAUUGAGCCGGCCUCCACUUGCCGAAGCUGGUGGAAACUUUCUGAUAACUCGUAACUUGUUACUCAGCGCACACAGCGCUAAUGAAGACGGCACACACACAACAAGGGUGUCUUGUUGGCUGUUUGUUUUGCCCCGGCCAAGAGCAAAGCACCGGACACCAGGGAGCAGCGGACUGACUCGGGUGUUAAAAUCAAUGGGAUUCACGACUGAGUGCAGCUGAACCCCCGAGGGGGCGGUCAAGACGUUCCUCGAUUUAAUUGAAUAAUUGUGAGGCAGGCCACGUUCGCCGAAUUCCUGGUAAAUCAGCGAAAAUUCCGAAACUAAACAGAAAUAGAAGUCAGCCGCCCAAAAAGCGCCUCUAAAUAGACAACAAAGAUGGGGCACAAAAGCCCGGAAAAUCUUCAGCCAGGAGACUGCGUCAGGCUUUGUUUUUCGGUCCCGAUGCAAAUGCAGCUGCUGCUGCUGCAACACCUGCCGAAAACCCCGCCAGCAAUUUAUGCGCCGCAUUUGAA